UAUGUUCAGGGCCAAUAUCGACGCGGUUCUAACCAAGGCCAAUGUCUUCUGGAUGCCGUGCAGUCUUGGCGAGCCUCCAGUCCGUCUGCGCUAAAAUGGAGGCUGCAAGCGGACAUUUGUUUUGUAAUUGGCCUCUGCUUAUCCGAAAUGGGGCGCUACAGCGAGGCUCUCAGCUUCUUUGAAAUGGAUGCAAAGAUUGGUCACUACGCGGGACAAAACGAAGAGGCCUGA